ACAUGAAUGUCAGUGGCGCUCAUAUACUUUUUCAGUUCCUGAGGGACAAUUAAGUUUGGAACUAUCGAGCCAGUGGUAUUUCCAACAAAUGGAUUCCAAUAACAGCAGCUCUCAAAAGGCGACAUAUGCGGACGAGGACAUAAAGGAGUACGAACGUUUUGCGCUCAUCCGAGCUGGCGUUUUGGGUUUGGUGUUUCUUUUCGCUGCUUGUGGUAAUUUUUUCUUUUUAUAUACACUUUGGAAAAAGAGAAAAAAAUGCACUAAAACUCAACUGUUUCUCUUACACUUGUGUUUGGCGGACUUGGUUGUUGCGUUUUUUCAAGUGUUGCCACAGUUAUCCAUGGAAAUUACGCACAGAUUUAAAGGCACUGACUUUGUGUGCCGUUCCGUGAAAUACCUGCAGGUGGUUGGGAUGUUUGCUUCUGCAUACAUGAUAGUGGCUAUGACCAUUGACCGCUACCAUGCCGUUUGUAAACCCAUGAUGUCUUUCUUUAAGGGCUCGUUAAAGAGACACCUCUCUAUAGGCGCCGCGUGGUUGAUCUCGCUGGCGUUCAGCGCGCCUCAGCUCUUCAUCUUCUCGCUCCAGGAGGUCGAAGAGAAGCAGUUUGACUGCUGGGCCACUUUCAUAGAGCCCUGGGGGCGGCGGAUAUACAUCAGCUGGAUCACUCUGUCGGUGUUUGCUUUGCCUGCUGUCAUCUUACUCUUCUGUCAAAUGAGAAUAUGUACAACAAUUUACCUCAACAUGAAGAAAAAAGCGCUCCAAGCACGACCCCUGCGCGCCGGGCCAAAGGGGGUGUCCAAUGCUAUGCUGAAAACCGUCAAAAUGACAUUUGUAAUUAUAAUGGCAUACACAGUUUGCUGGAGUCCAUUCUUUAUUGUCCAGUUAUGGUCAGCAUGGAGCCCAAGCACUGCACCAACUAACGGUCCAAUUUUUGUCAUUAUUAUGCUGCUGGCCGGUCUCAACAGCUGCACAAAUCCCUGGAUAUACAUUUACUACAGUUGAAACCGAAAACCUCAACAUCAUAUUUAAAAUGGAGCUGUAUUUCAGUGACACAGAAAAUUACAUUUUCUAUUGAUUUUUGAGAUUUGCAGAUUUAUAUUGUAUGUGCAUUAUGUGCUUUGGAUUAGUGUGUGGUGGUCAACAAAUUUCUGUGUUUUUGUAUUUCGUCAUCUCGGUUCAAUACCUAGCCAUACAGAAACGUCCAUUUUGAUUGUAUUUCAAUGGCUGAAUUCAGUUGCCUCAUUAUAAUCCAUAUCAUGCUUAUGCUGUUAUUAAGUAAAAUCCCUUUUAAUUCAUCAGAAUCAACAGGUUGCAAAAGGUGCAAAGUAUAUGACACAUUGGUAAUAACCAUGUGGAAGGCUACAGAGAUUAUGCACUGACAUAAUUUUAUUUGAAAAAUGCUCCUCAACAUUCAGACUGAGUAGCACUGAGUGGCAGAACCAUGGGCAACUUAACAACCAAAAUAUGUUUCUUUACUUUUCAUGGUCUGUAAUUGUUGUCUGUGGAGCUAUUGUUUUCAUUCCACAACAAUUAUUUCCUUAACAAACAGACCCAGAAGUCUGUAUGAGUGACAAAUGUGAGUGUAGACUACAAUGUCUCUGUUGUUAGGCCAACUGUAAACUCAUUUGCUGUUACUGUUAACUUGAUUUUCUUGUUUUAGAUGUCAGGCCUAAACUAAAUAUUUAGCAAGUUAAACGUAUUUGUUAUCAGACUGUAGCAUCUCUUUCAAAUUUUAUAUGUGUUUUGAGCUUUUACAGAAGAAAAUAUCAUUACUGACCAUUGGCACUUGUUGAGGAAAUCAGCCUUUUCCUCUCGUGUUCGUUAGUUUCUGCUAAGAAAAAGAAUAACCUUGAAACAGAGAUAAAGUUCAGAAAGGAAUUUUCUCAAUCACCCAGUAAAGAGCAAUACUUGUACACGGAGUCUGUGCAACUGACAUUCCCAGGCAGAGACUAAAUGUUUACGCCUAUACAAUGAGUUUUUAUACGCAUACUAUAGUGGGAGGCAACCAUGGUUUAGACUUAGCGCCUCUUCGUUGGUGCACAGGCCAAGCAGGCCUCUGGCACGUUGCACAGUCUUAUCAGGCUGACGAGCAUCCUUGUCUCUUGCUCCGAUUGCUGACACAUAUUUUGUUGGUUUAACCAGGCUGACAAGUCAUGAGUCAGUACAAGCCUAUUAAUAAGUCAUUUCCCUGCUUAGGUAUUUGAUUAGAUUUAUAGAUAGAUGUAGAAUAUGCAGUACAUGUCCUGAACAUAUAUCUGCGUCACACAGCUGUAAUAAAGUCCUCGUCUUCUCAUAAGCACUGCUACAAUAAUGAACUAUAGUAAUACAAUAAUAAACUAUGGCAAUGGUUAUGCAGAAUAGCUAAGCACCGAUAUUUUUCCUAACACACUCACUAAUACAGUUCUAUAGGUUGUGAUGUCAUCUGUCUUAAACUGUAUUGACUUAAAUUGUCUGUGUAAUCCCUACUGAUUUAACCAAAUAUUGGUUUAAUUAAAAAGCCUUGAAUC